AUGCCGGAAGAUAUUCCAAAGGAUAUUCAAACUCUUCGCAUACUUCGUGCUAGUCUGCAGAGUGUAGAUUUAUUUACAAAAGAACUUGUUAAGGAUCUUGAAACAAUGACAAAGAACUAUGUAACCAUUGCAGAGAUAUACGAAGGAUGGAAGCGUGUUGUAGAGCAGGGAAGUGGAAGUGCAGAGAAAAGUUGA